CAAUCGCAACGCAGCUGAAGGAGGCGGUUCAGUCUGAGGGAGGUCCGAUGGGGUGGAGGCAACUGACAGGCGUCCGCAGCUUCCUUAGUCCUGAGUAGCUGUGUCUGACAACAGCGCUGCAGUCAUGUGUGGAAUAUUUGCGUAUCUCAACUAUCAUGUCCCAAGGACACGUCGGGACAUCCUUGAGAUCCUCCUCAAAGGUCUGAGACGCCUGGAGUACAGAGGCUACGACUCAGCGGGUGUUGGGAUCGAUGGAGGCAACAGCAAAGACUGGGAGGCAAAUGCCAAGACUAUCCAGCUGAUCAAGCAACGUGGAAAAGUUAAGGCCCUGGAUGAGGAGAUUAACAAACAGCAGGAUAUUGACCUGGAUGUGGAAUUCGAUGUUCACCUUGGCAUUGCUCACACUCGCUGGGCGACCCAUGGCGUGCCCAACCCAGUCAACAGCCAUCCACAAAGAUCAGACAAGAACAAUGAGUUCAUUGUAAUUCACAAUGGAAUCAUUACCAACUACAAAGACUUGAGGAAGUUUCUGGAGAGCAAAGGCUAUGAGUUUGAGUCUGAGACAGACACUGAGACUAUUGCCAAGCUGGUGAAGUACAUGUAUGACAAUCGGGAAAGUGACGACAUUAAUUUUUCCACACUGGUGGAGCGUGUGACCCAGCAGCUGGAAGGAGCUUUCGCUCUGGUGUUUAAGAGUGUCCAUUACCCCGGAGAAGCAGUUGGCACAAGGAGAGGAAGCCCUCUUCUGAUGGGAGUACGCAGUGAUCACAAGCUGUCUGCAGAUCAUAUCCCAGUGCUCUACCGCUCCUCUGGAAAAGAGAAAAAGAGCUGCAAUGCCCUGCCAAGGACAGAGCAGGACACCUCCCUGUUCCCACUGGAUGAGAAAGCUGUGGAGUAUUACUUUGCAUCUGACGCCAGUGCUGUUAUCGAGCACACUAACCGGGUGAUCUUCCUGGAGGAUGACGACGUGGCUGCUGUAAUGGAAGGACGGCUGUCCAUCCACAGGAUAAAGCGCCGGGCGGGAGACUACCCAGCCCGAGCCAUCCAGACUCUGCAGAUGGAGCUGCAGCAAAUUAUGAAGGGUAACUACAGCUCCUUCAUGCAGAAGGAGAUCUUUGAGCAGCCAGAGUCUGUGGUGAACACCAUGAGAGGAAGAGUCAACUUUGACAACAACACAGUAACACUGGGUGGACUAAAGGAUCACAUCAAGGAAAUCCAAAGAUGUCGGAGACUUAUCCUUAUUGCCUGUGGCACCAGCUACCACGCUGGAGUAGCAACCCGCCAGGUUCUGGAGGAGCUUACUGAGCUCCCUGUCAUGGUAGAGCUGGCCAGCGACUUCUUGGACAGGAACACUCCAGUCUUCCGAGACGACGUCUGCUUUUUUAUUAGCCAAUCAGGGGAGACUGCUGACAGCCUCAUGGCUCUGCGCUACUGUAAGGAAAGAGGCGCUCUGACUGUUGGCAUAACCAACACAGUGGGCAGCACUAUCUCCAGGGAGACGGACUGUGGAGUCCACAUCAAUGCUGGACCAGAGAUCGGAGUAGCCAGCACCAAGGCCUACACCAGCCAGUUUGUGGCUCUGAUCAUGUUUGCGCUGCUGAUGUGCGAUGACAGAAUCUCCAUGCAACCCAGACGGCGUGAAAUAAUCCAAGGCCUGAGAAUUCUCCCAGAUCUGAUUAAGGAGGUCCUCAGUUUAGAUGAUGAGAUCCAGAAGUUGGCGACUGAGCUGUACCAGCAGAAGAGCGUGCUGAUCAUGGGCAGAGGCUACCAUUAUGCAACAUGCUUGGAAGGAGCGCUGAAAAUCAAGGAAAUCACUUACAUGCACUCAGAGGGUAUCCUGGCUGGAGAGCUGAAGCAUGGUCCACUGGCUCUGGUGGAUAAACUGAUGCCUGUUAUCAUGAUCAUCAUGAGAGACCACACCUACACCAAAUGCCAGAAUGCUCUGCAGCAAGUCGUUGCACGUCAAGGUCGCCCUAUUAUGAUCUGCAACAAAGACGACCACGAAACCAUCAAAAACUCUUGCCGCACCAUCAAAGUGCCUCACGGGGUGGACUGCCUGCAGGGUAUUCUGAGCGUUAUCCCUCUGCAGCUGCUGUCCUUCCACCUGGCUGUCCUCCGAGGAUACGACGUGGACUGUCCAAGAAACCUGGCCAAGUCUGUGACUGUAGAGUAAACGUCCCCAUCCUUCACACUAACACCAAGGGGAGGAUCUAUAUGAAGAAGAGAAAACUGAAUCUUGUUUGGGUGUCCUAUAUUGUCACUGUUUUUCAUGUAAUAUUUUAGGCAAGCCUUGUGAGUUUUAACGUCACAUCUUAUUCCUAUAUCACUGUUUUUGAAUCCUUAGAAACUGCUGUCAUGGUCAGAUUAAUGAAGAUUGGUCUGGGCUGGUAUCUUUCUCUCAUUUUGUUGUUUGUAAUGAUUUUAGAUGGCAGUCAACAGUGAUCAUACGGUUCGUUUUAUUUAGUGAGCUCACCUGAUUAGUUACUGAUUGGUCUCUGUGGGAGCUGAUCUAUCUGCUGAGACUUUAGAGACCUUCCUGGCUUAUUUUCUCUUUCAGUGCAAUGAUUUUUUAGGUUAGUUGGGAUAACUUUCCUUGGCAGCUAGUGAUUUAAAGCGUUUUACUCCAUGGUGGAAGUAAACCACGGACUUGAAUCAUUCCAAGCCAUAGGUCAUCGCUUCUUCAUAAUUGCAGCUAAGUUUUGCGACUCUUCCCCAUCUUGGAUUUUAUUUCUUCCUCUGAGGACAUGGAAGUAGCAUCGCAUAUCAGAUUGUAGAAAAAUCCUUGUUUGCUACUUGUAUAUGUUACAGAUCCUCAUUCUGUAAUAGUGCGGGUACAAUCGUAGUUGGUUUCUGUUGCCUUACAGGGAUCUUGUUACUUGUUUUUGUUUUUAACUAGAACUACUUUAAUCUGAUGUGAAUAAAUGACUCUGAUCUGAAGUUGAAGCCCUCCUUCUGCUGCCAUGACAGUUGCCAUUACAUUCUGGGACCAUUUACUUGUCUAUCUUAGUUUUUUAUGUUUUAAGUGAUUUUUGUUUCAUUCUUAUGGUCUUUUUCUUUUUUUUAAGAAUUGAAUGUUAAUAUUUUAAAAUGUCAUACCAAAAAUCUGCAACUGCUUUGACGACUACAAACCAAAAUAUGUCUAUUUUGUGUUCAUACUUUGUUUUUAUAGCAGAGCUGCUUUGCUGGCCUGUAAUGAGGACAGUUUACUCUCAUGACGUUGUGUUUACUGAUGUAGAAAGCCGGAGGCGACUUGAGUGUCUGUGAUCCUAUUUCCCUCAAAUACCAGGGAAAGAACGACUUGCACCCAAUUCAAAAGAGCAAUGAAGUAGAACUGCAAAUUUUAGGAUUCGAAGAUAUUUAUCACCUUUCAAGUUGAACCUUAACAGGUCCUGAAGCAUAUAAAAGGGUACUGAGAAUUAGAUAUUGUUAUAGAUAAUUUUAAAACCCCUUCUUAUCUUAUUUUUUUCCAUUUUAUCAACUAGAUAAACUGACCAGUGGGACGCUGUUGGAGUUGAUACAAUAAAGUGUCUGAAUUUAUUUGGUUUAAA